CGAUGGCGGCUGUAGCAGAACUGGUUGUGGCUUUCACGCGGCAACACACUCCAGUCCCUAGUUAACUCACUGAAAUAUUAUUCAAUUUAUAACCUGUACAUUUUUAAAUAUAUCAACUACAUAAAUAAUAAUAAAUAAUACCUUAAUAACAAUAAUAAAUAUUUUAUUUAAAAAAUAUUUUAAGUGAAACCGAAAAACUAGCACGUGUUACUCCAAACAAGCUGUCAAAAUUCCAGAAAGAGAGAGAGGGAGAGACAAGAAAGUGAAGAAAUAAAAAUAUUUUCAAAAAUGAGGUGACUUAACAAGAGAACAAAAGACAGUAAUCGAGUGUAGUAGAUUUCAAUAAAAGUGUAUGAUAUUUAUUCAAAUUUAAAAAGCAGCAAAAUAGAGGUACGUGUGCGCGGGCGCUAAAUAAUUUGCGUCUUCGUCUGGUUACAAUUCGCGGACUCGGUCGCUCCAACGCGGGUUUAACCGAACACGUGGUUUUUAAGAGCGAGCUGAGUCGAGUUGAAUUGAGGAAAGGAAGAAAGUUGUAAGCAACCUCAUCAUAAUCAUGUUGCUGAUGCUGUUGGCAAGAUUAGCGAUGUUGUUUAUCGUGGUGAGGCCAGGACACGGGCACUUCAAUCUCUUUCUCAGUCAGGCUGAAGUUAGAAAAUUAAUGGGCCUACAGGCAGAGUUAUUUUACGUAAGAGAGGGAGUUAUAAAUGAGUAUGCCAUAAAGUUUGUCGUCCCUGUACCAGCGCAGGUCCAUAAGCUUCAUUUUACGUGGGAAAAUCUCGCUGGGAGACCACUGCCGUACACGAUGGCAGUAGACAUCAGUAAUCCCUCAGCCUUGAGUAGUUCUUUAAAUAUUUCACAAGUGGGUGAGAUCCCCGUGGGAGGAUUGCAGACAUGGGCGCUGGCAUUACACUGCGGACCAUAUGACGCCGAAGUGGAUUUAUCUUUACGCAUCAGCGUCGCCCAAACCCGGCGCAACGCCACGACCCUGGAGGUUCGCCGCAAGAAAAUUUGCCUGAAAGACAAAAGCGGGUUUCCAGCACCCGAGGAAGUUCUCGUGGCAGCUUCUGGUUCAACCUCCGGCGGUCAAAUUUUUUACGCUGCCAUUGGAUGUGCUUGUGCUUUUAUCGCUGCUAUUUUUGUUCUCGUCGGCGCUUAUUAUGUUCGUGAUAAGAAGGCCCGUCGUCACCGCGAUCCACUGCAGGAAUCCAGGGGUCUAAGCUCAGCCUGUAGCGUAGAAAGAGGGACAGGAAUUGGACCAGCUCAGACAUUUUUGUCACCGGAAACCCCACCGCCACCGUCAAGUGUUUCCGCCUCAAGUUACCGUCGUCUUGACGACCGACCUAGUCGUGAAUUGCAUGAAAGGAUACAGGAAAUUACUGUUCAAAGAUGUAGAGUACGUCUUUUGAGCAUCGAAUUGGAGGGCACGUUUGGGCGGGUCUAUCGUGGUAGUUAUCAUGAAGAAGGAGCUACUGCCCCAAGAGACGUUUUGGUUAAGACGGCAGCGGAACAUGCCUCGCAAUCUCAAGUCGCAAUGUUACUACGAGAAGGUUUAGCUUUAUAUGGAUUGAGUCAUCCAGCAUUGUUAACAGUUCUCGGAGUGUCAAUAGAGGACAGAAGCGCUCCAUUCCUCCUGUACCCACGGACGGGUUACAGAAAUAUGAAAAAAUUUCUCGGACCAACGGGAAGAUGUAAAGUAAGCAGUGAGGGUCCUCCAAGAGCGCUAACGACCCAGGAAGUUGUUGAAAUGGCACUACAAGCUGCUAAAGGUGUCCAAUAUUUACACCGCAAGCGGCUAGUGCACCGAGACCUCGCGGCGCGAAACUGCGUGGUGGACGAUGACCUGAGAGUUCAAAUAACAGACAACGCAUUGGCGCGAGAUCUUUUCCCACAAGACUAUCACUGUCUCGGUGAUAACGAGAACAGGCCAAUUAAGUGGAUGGCUAUUGAAAGUCUUCUUACUAAAUCAUUCACCACUGCAUCUGAUGUUUGGGCAUUUGGCGUAUUGCUGUGGGAAUUAACAACACGAGCUCAACAACCAUACCUAGAAGUCGAUCCAUUCGAUAUGGCUGCAUACCUCCGAGACGGUUAUAGACUCGCGCAGCCGAUAAAUUGUCCGGAUGAAUUAUUCGCCGUAAUGGCGUAUUGUUGGGCGAUGUCACCGGACGAACGACCCACAGUCAGUCAGCUCAUCGUCUGCCUACAAGAGUUCCACACUCAACUCACUCGAUACGUUUAGAAAAUAUAAAUUUAUUUAUAGCUAUUAAUAAUUGUUGUAUAGAAGACUGUUGUUGAAAGUGUCCCCACGUGCUUGCUGUAAUAAUUUUUCUUAACUUUAAAAUAUUUAAGAAAAAUUAUUAUACUUGUGUAUAUAUUUUUUAUUAGUACUUACGCGGAUGUAUAUUUUCUCCCGUUCGCUUUUUAUAGAAAGAAAAAUUUAUGAUAAUGAAAAAUUAUUUUCUGGCGCGUUAGAGUUUUAAUUAUUAAUUUAAUUACUUGACUAAACAAUAAUAUAUAAAUAGAUAUAUAUAUCAACUUAUCAAAACGUUUAUUUUAAAUACCUAUUUAACUUAAAAAAAAAAAAAUUACAUGCCAAUCCAGUGUUCAUUAUAGACUACAAUAUUUAAUUAAAUUAAAAAUUAAAAUACAAUAAUUAGUUUCGCUUAAAUAACUAAUUAUAAUUUUUAAAAUUGAUACUGAUAAAUUUAUCAUAGCGCUGAUAAAUUUUAAUUUUUAAAAAUAAUGCCAACAAACUAAUGAACCUCGCGAGAAAUAAUAUUUACAUAAGUAUACAUAAAAACUAAAAAAAAUUAGUUGUAGAUACCAUGUGAUAGAAAAAAAGUUCGUUGCUGCAGUUAAUUAACGUGCCAAUUUUUUGUAUUUUUGUAUAUAUAUAUAUAAAUAUAUAUAAAAUAGAAUUAUAAAAAUAAAUCUAUGUUUAAUAAUACCUAUAAGUAGACGUAAUAAAACCGAAAGACUGUAAAUAUUGAGCGGAUUUACAAAUAUAUAUGUAUACAUAAAUAUAUAAAUAUAUAUGUGCAAAGUAAA